AUGGGUGGGUUCAAGGCGAUCGAAGACCGACCGACGCCCCAGGAAGUGUACAACUGGAGGCUCUACUCGGAGUGCAUGAUUAUUGCCACAGGGUCACUUUUGUUCGGCUAUGAUUCUGCCUUCAUCGGCACAACCAUCUCACGGCAGGCCUUCAAGGAUGCCUUUGGCAUAACGGCCUCCAACGCCAACGAUGUCUCCAGCAACAUCACAUCUGCUUUCCAGGCCGGCGCCAUGGUUGGCGCCUUGCUGUGCUUCAUCGUGACCGCAAAGGUCGGUCGCAAGUGGGCGCUCCAGGCCAGUGUCGUGAUCUUCAUUAUCGGGGCAGUCCUCAUGACGGCAACGUCGGGCAGCCUCUCCAUGAUCUACGCAGGCCGCGCGCUAACGGGCAUCGGCUGUGGUGCCAUUACGGCCACUGUGCCCAGCUACAUUGCCGAGUUGUCCAUCUCGUCGAUCCGCGGCAUUCUCACAGGUCUCUUCGAAAUCACCUACCAGUCUGGGUCCCUGGUCGGCUUCUGGAUCAACUACGGCAUCUCGCAGCACAUUUCGGCCAACAGCUCGGCCAGCUGGCGCAUCCCCAUGGCGGUACAGCUCAUCCCAUCGGUCCCCCUCUUUAUCGGGGUCUUCUUCCUCCACGAGAGCCCUCUGUGGCUCAUGCGCAACGACCGCCGCCAGCAAGCCCACGCCGCCCUCGAGAGCCUGCGCCAGCUACCAGUCGACCACCCGUACGUGCAGGAAGACCUUGCGGCCAUCGACAACCGCCUGGCCGCCGAGGCCUCCAUCGCGUCGGCCUACGGGCCUCCGACGUCGAACUGGGCGCUGCUCCGCGGCGCGAUGGACGAGUUCUCCAAGCCCGGCAUGCGCAACCGCGUGGCCCUCGUGUUCUGCGCCUUCACGCUGCAGAACCUGUCGGGCGCCGCGGCCAUCAACUACUACUCCCCGACGCUCUUUGGGUCCCUGGGCAUCACCGACGUGGCGCUGUACACGGGCAUCUACGGCCUCGUCAAGGCCGUCGCGUCCAUCAUCUACUACAUCUUCUUUGUCGACAUGCUCGGCCGGCGCAGGCCCACCAUUGUCUCGUCCGUCGCGUGCUCCUUAUGCCUGUGGUAUGUCGGCGCAUAUGUCAAGAUUGGACACCCGGCCGAUGUCAUCAAGGCCGGCGGGACGCUGGACGCGUCGACCGCGGCGGGCGGAAAGGCUGCUACGGCAAUGAUUAUGAUUUACUCGGUCUUCUGGUCCUUCGGUCUCAACGGCAUCCCCUGGAUCGUCUCGGCCGAGAUCUUCCCCGGCGCGCUGCGCAACUUCUCGGGCACCUUUGCCGCGUUCACGCAGUGGCUGAUCCAGUUCGUCAUCACCAAGGCCAUGCCCUACAUCUUCACCUCGUUCGGGUACGGCACCUGGUUCUUCUUCGCGACCUGGAUGCUCGUGGCCAGCGUGUGGAGCUUUUGCUUCCUGCCCGAGACGAAAGGCUUGACGAUUGAUCAGAUGGAUGUCAUCUUGUGA